AUGGACAAGGUCCAGUUGAUCAAACAGAGAUUGCUUGCAGCUCAAAGCAGACAAAAGUCUUAUGCUGAUAAGAGAAGAAGAGAAUUAGUGUUCACAAUUGGAGACAAAGUGUUCCUACGAGUCUCCCCUAUGAAAGGUGUAAUGCGGUUUGGGAAAAGAGGCAAGUUGAGCCCCCGAUUUAUAGGACCGUAUGAGAUAUUAGACCGAGUGGGAACGGUGGCUUAUCGUUUGGCACUUCCUCCUGAGUUGUCCUUUAUUCAUCCGGUGUUUCACGUCUCAAUGCUAAGAAAAUGUAUAUCAGACUCAUCUCAGGUGAUUGAAGCACCGACUAUACCGCUUGAUGAGAAGUUGUCUUACGAGGAGGAGCCGACGACAAUUGUUGAUAGGCAAGUAAGAAAGCUACGGUCAAAAGAAACCGUGUUCGUGAAAGUCUUAUGGAGAAAUCAUACAGUCGAAGAAGCUACUUGGGAACUAGCAAAAGAUAUGCAAGCGAAGUAUCCCCAUUUGUUUCAGUCUACAGGUGGGGCCGAAGCCCAAGAACCAAUUGAUAUAGGACAUCGUAUAGAGUCUGAGAAUGGGUAA